AACAGUCCCAACUGUCGCUCCUAAACUAAAUGGAGAUGGCUGACUCACAAUCCUCCUCCCCCAAAUGGACAGAAGGUGUGGUGGACACACCUCAUGUCCACAAAUGAAGUACCUUAGAUUGCGGUUAAGGAUGUCACUGGAUUCACCUAGAUCUCCAGACCGUCUCAAAUCUUGAGGCGUUCUCUUGAAGUUCUUCUGCUCCUCACCGGCUUAAGAUUGUUCCAAAUUCUUUUCUCUACCUGUCCAGGUUGAAAUUGGUGCACAAUGAGUUUCUAUUUGACGCACGAGGUGCAUUUCUCUCCCCAUCCGAAUCUGACGCAGUAUUUUAUCCCUCCGACUGACGCGGAAUUCCAAGAGCGCUUGGAACAUCACCGGAGAGAAAUUGCCGUCAUGUUGAGAUCUUCGGAAUUCAACCAGGACAAGACAGCCCUGAUCGUCACCAACAACCCUUUCCCUCUGCUCGUUUCUGGCCAGCACCUCGCCACCCCCUUCCAGUACUUCCCCAAGGAUUUGUCCAGGAGGGUAAGGGGACUCGGCCCUUUCACCCGACAGCCUUUCCCGCAGAGCUUCCGGAAUCAAACCCCCCGCUGUUUACCCCCAGUGGGGGUCUCAUCCAAAGUGCCCCCCGGGAUGGAAAUCAAAAAGCUGAAAAUCCCCACUCAAUUAAGGUUCACCAGCAAGAAGGAUUUCAAAGGCGACGCCCGUUUUUCCAAAAAUUACGCCGAGAAGCGUUUACAAAGGUUGUACCCUCAGCUACAUCUUCAUUCCAGACUAGAUGACUUGAAAAAUCAACCCCUUCCGAGGAUUCAGGGAUGGUCUGCAGCGAAGAUUCAGUGGGAGCCCCUGACCCUUUCCUGCCUGACGGAAAUGAAACCCACCUUCAUUGUCCCGGGAGAAGACGGGUUUAGACACGGGAAAGCCCCUCUCUGGAUUGUAAAUAACUCAGUAGUAUUAAAUUCCUCCUAGUAAAAUCUUA